AUGUCAGCCGAAAUCCACAUCAUCUCUAAGAAAGACAUCAGCAAGCAUGAGACGGUCCCAGUUAACCUUUCUCUGCCGCCGCUUGGCCCCUCAUCCAUUCGAGCUCGUUCUUCGCUCAUCAGUAUCACGUCGAACAACCUAUCUUAUGCGAAGCUAGGAGACUACCUCCAGUGGUGGUCAACCUGGCCAGUCCCUCUCAACGCACCUGCCCCUUACAACAAUCAGGACGAAUGGGGUAUCGUCCCGGCGUGGGGCUUUGGCAGGGUUCGCGAGUCCACAAUCGACUCCAUCCCCGCCGGUAGCUUGCUUUACGGCUGCUGGCCUACCUCAACUCACGCAGUCGACCUCAAGCUUCAAUCUCACGAAGCAAAGGGUCACUUCGUCGAGGUGAGCGAGCACAGGCAGGGGCUGGGCAACAUUUACAAUCGGUACAACAUCGUCGAUGAAACUGCCAAAUCAGAAGAAUUCAGGGCUAUUCUCGCCAAUGCCUUUCCGAUCUGGCAUGCCGGCUAUCUGAUCAAUCGUUUCAACUUCCCGACAGAAUUCAAACCAGUCCAUCCACUUGGGAGUUCUGGAGAGUGGACAGAGAAGGACGCAGAUCUGAAGUCUGCCGUGGUGGUUAACCUAUCUGCAUCAAGCAGGACAGGAAGAAGUGUUGCGUGGAACUUUACCAGGAAUCGCAAGCCGAAUGUUAACGGCCCUCUUGCGUUGCUGAACGCUACUUCUUCGCCACAAACCUUGAAUCAUGCCCACAAGCCGGCGGUUGAAGUAAAGUCCGUCAACUACGACAAUCUUGUCGAUAAGGAGACAAUGGACUGGAUCGCAAAUUUUAAGCCGAAUCGUGUGGUGGUACUGGACAAUGGAGGUCCUGCUGAAACUACCGAGCGAUUUCGGGAACUGCUCGUGGAUUCACUUCCUGCUUCGACUGCACUUACCCUAGUCAUGGUAGGAAAUGUGCCCAAGAUUGAAUCUUUGGAAGAGUUUCAGGCUUCAAUGGCACUCAAAGCAAGAUGGGGUCAUACAGCACAGCUAAACACAACUGACGUGGCUGAUGCUGCCAUUGCUGCGGAAGGCGCGGAUGCCUUUUGCCAGGGUGUAGAAGGUGCUUUCGAGAGAGCUGUCGCAGAAAAUUACCUGGGUGAUAUAGGAUUGGUUUGGGGUAGCGGAGUUGGCGGACAGGCUGGAAUUGAGAAAGCAUGGGAGAAUCUUAUCAAAGGAACCUUGUCGCCUACUAAGGCAUGGGUAUAUCAACUAGAAAACUAG